CCCACCCCACCGCCUCGUCAGCAUCACCUCUGUUUGAAGGGAUUCUUCUGCUCUAGCUGCUGGAGGGAAGCAGGUUUGGGAUGGGUCUGAUUUCGGGGUCCAGGUAACCCAGCCCUGUGAACACCCCCCCCCCCACCCCCACCCCAAAGAGUGCUCAGCAAUGUCCACUUUUGAACUUACCGGCGGAGUUUUGAUUUCGACGUAGAGUCCGGAAAUAAAAGCGCAAAACAGACUGAAGGUUUUUUUUCUCUCUUGCCUCUGGACUGUAAAGUAACUGCUCCUUCUCCACAUUAUAGAAAAGUUUGUGUCUGAAAUCCUUGGAUUGUCCCAUCCAGCGUUUGUUCUUCUGGUGGAGUUGUAUUUAAUUUUUUUGGAGGGGGGGGUGGGGGGCGGGGGGGAGAGGUUCCACGUCUACCAAAGCGUACGGAUUCCUCGCCGCACCGCGAGUUGGAACUUUUGGAGGAAGACACCUUGCCCUUCGUCUCUUCCUGUUGUCUGCGCACCUGGCCUCCGACUUGGACCUGCUCCGGGUUCGGCCACAGAACCCCCGAUCCCCUUCUCCCCCGACUGCGCUGGGGUCAUCCACUGUCUGCUUCUCCCGGUAGAAAAAUCCGGCAACCCAGCAACAGCAGGGAAGUCUCCUGCACCUCUCCAGACUUCAGCUGGACCCCCCCCCCCCCCCCCCGCCCCCCACACUGGCAUGCAGGACACCUCUGUUUAAAGCUCACCUAGAUUACACUCGAACCCGAGUCGGGGGAGCGGCCGGAGGAUGGGUCGCUCUCGCUGUUUGGGAACGGGGAGGCCGCCGCCACCGCCGCUGCUGCUACUGCUGCUGGCGUUCCUGCUGAGCUGGUGGGCGGGGCUCGCGCCGGCCACGCCCCCCACCAGGGAGAAGCAGGAAGUGGUCCUGGCGGUCGUCCUGCCGCGCAACAACACGGCGUACCCGUGGUCCUGGCCGCGCGUGGGGCCCGCGCUGCGCCGGGCGCUGGCCCGCAUCAACGCCGACCCCGCCCUGCUGCCCGCGCACCGCCUGCGCUACGUCUUCGCCAACAGCGAGAACGAGGCGGGCAUCUGCUCCGAGUCGGUGGCCCCGCUGGUGGCCGUCGACCUCAAGUUCUCCCACGACCCCUGGGCCUUCGUGGGGCCCGGCUGCGACUACGCCUCCUCCUCCGUGGGCCUCUUCACCACGCACUGGGGGCUGCCCAUGGUGACGGCCGGCGCCCCCGCCGUCGGCUUCUCCGGCACCGACGUCUACGACUCCAUCACCAACACGGGCCCCACGCACAAGAAGCUGGGCCAGUUCGCCGUGCACCUCCAGCGCCACUUCGGCUGGCGGAACCACGCCCUGCUGAUGUUCUGCGACAACAAGGUGGACGACCGGCCGUGCUACUUCGCCACCGAGGGGCUGUACGAGGGGCUGAUCCGCGAGAACAUCACCACCGCCGACCUGGUGCUCAACGAGCAGGCCGGGCCCCUCCCCUUCGACACCUUCCUCCAGGACAUCAAGCAGAGCGGGCGCGUGGUGUACGUGUGCUGUGCGUGGGACACGUUUCGGGACCUGAUGGUGCACUUCCGGAAGGAGGGCCUGCCGCAGGAGGAGUACGUCUUCUUCUACAUCGACGUGUUCGGACGCAGUCUGGUCACCCAGCUGCCCCGCCCCUGGGCCAAGGGGGACGCCAAUGACUCCAUCGCCAAGGAAGCCUUUCGGAGCGUGAAGAUAUUGACCUACAGGGAGCCACAGAACCCCGAGUACAAGGAGUUUGUUUCGGACCUGAAGGCCGACGCAAAAGAGCUCUUCAACUUCACGGUGGAGGACUCGCUGAUGAACUUGAUCUCGGGGGGCUUCUACGAUGGGGUGAUGCUGUACGCCCAGGCCCUGAAUGAAACCCUCGCUCUAAGUGGGGGCGGGGUACCCCCAGGGAAGGACAUCACCAAGAGGAUGUGGAACCGCACCUACCAUGGAGUGACGGGGCUGGUGAAGAUCGAUGAGAAUGGGGAUCGGGAGAUAGACUUUGCGCUGUGGGAUAUGACUGAUGCUGAAUCUGGAGUCUUCCAGGUAGUGCUGGUGUACAACGGGACCCUGAAGCAGAUGGUGUCCCUGCCUGGGAUGAAGGUCCAGUGGCCGGGAGGAUCUGUUCCCCCCGACGUACCUCUCUGCGGCUUCAAGAACGACAACCCAAUCUGCCUAGCCCAGACCGUCACGGUGCACCAGAUGAUCGUUGUGGUGAUAUGCUUCAUCUUUGUCAUCAUCAUCACCGUCGCCAUCUUCAUAUACAGGAAGUUGAAGUUGGAGAACGAGCUCGCUGCCCAGCUAUGGAGGGUAAACUUUGAGGAUAUUCAGAUGAGUAACCUGGAGAAGAUGCUGCACCGAGCCUGCAGUAAACUUACCCUGUCCAUGAGGGGGUCUAAUUAUGGCUCACUCCUGACUAUGGAGGGAAACUUCCAGAUCUUUGCCAAGACCGGCUACUACAAGGGGAAUAUCGCUGCCAUAAAGUACGUGAACAAGAAGCGCAUCGAGCUGACCAGGAAGGUCCUCUUCGAGCUGAAGCACAUGCGAGACGUCCAAAACGAGCACCUAACUCGCUUCAUCGGAGCCUGUAUCGACCCCCCCAACAUCUGCAUUAUCACCGAGUACUGUCCUCGAGGGAGUCUGCAGGACAUUAUGGAGAAUGAAAGCAUCACCUUGGACUGGAUGUUCCGAUACUCUCUCAUCAAUGACAUCGUCAAGGGCAUGGCCUUCCUCCACAACAGCGUGAUCGUUUCCCACGGCAACCUGAAGUCCUCCAACUGCGUGGUGGACAGUCGCUUCGUGCUGAAGAUCACGGACUACGGGCUGGCCAGCUUCCGCGGCGAGGCCGACUCUGAGGACGCCCAUACCUUCUACGCCCGAAAGCUGUGGACAGCCCCGGAGCUGCUGAGGCAGGAGUGCCCCCCUCCCUGCGGGACGCAGAAGGGCGAUGUGUACAGUUUCGGGAUCAUACUGCAGGAAGUGGCACUGCGCAAGGGCGUCUUCUACCUGGAGGGGGAGCCACUGAGUCCUAAAGAGAUCAUAGACCGCGUGGCGCUGGGGGAGUGGCCCUACCUGCGGCCGGCCGUCAGCCCUCAGAGCCACAGCGAGGAGCUGGGCCAGCUGAUGCAGCGCUGCUGGGCCGAGGACCUGGCCGAGAGGCCCGACUUCAGCCACGUCAAGAUCCUGCUGCACAAGCAGAACGGAAGUUCCAGCUCCAACAUCCUGGAUAACCUGCUGUCCCGCAUGGAGCAGUACGCCAACAACCUGGAGGAGCUGGUGGAGGACCGCACCCAAGCUUACCUGGAGGAGAAGCGCAAAGCUGAGGCGCUGUUAUACCAGAUCCUGCCCCACUCGGUGGCGGAGCAGCUGAAGAGGGGGGAGACUGUGCAGGCGGAGGCCUUCGACUCCGUCACCAUCUACUUCAGCGACAUCGUGGGGUUCACCGCCAUCUCUGCCGAGAGCACCCCCAUGCAGGUGGUGACUCUGCUGAAUGACCUGUACACCUGCUUUGACGCCAUCAUUGACAACUUUGACGUCUACAAGGUGGAGACGAUCGGCGACGCCUACAUGGUGGUGUCGGGGCUGCCGGUGCGGAACGGGAAGCUGCACGGGCGGGAGAUCGCCCGCAUGUCGCUGGCGCUGCUCAAGGCCGUGCGCUCCUUCAGGAUCCGCCACCGGCCCGAGCAGCAGCUCCGACUGAGGAGCGGCAUUCACAGCGGCCCAGUCUGUGCAGGUGUAGUGGGGCUGAAGAUGCCGCGGUUCUGUCUGUUUGGAGACACUGUCAACACCGCCUCCCGCAUGGAGUCCAACGGCGAAGCGCUGAGAAUCCACGUGUCUGAAGCCACUCGCUCGGUGCUGGAGGAGUUUAACUGCUUCCAGCUGGAGCUUCGCGGGGAGGUGGAGAUGAAGGGGAAGGGGCGGCUCAGGACCUACUGGUUGCUCGGAGAGAGCACAGCGACUGCGCAGGGGGGCAACGGUGACAACGCCGGAGAGAAGCAGGGGGUGGAGUAAAGGACGAAGUGAGGACAAGCCGCACGCCUGGAAAAAAAAUGAAACGACACACCCCCCAGUAAUCACGCUCUAUGUAGUCAGCGGUGUCUCAGACAAACGGAGGCUGUCUGUAGAGUGCCACUCCC